AUAUAUAAGUGCCAUUGAAAGUUGGAGCACUAAGUUCUAAUUCCAGUUUUUUAAAAAAAAUGGAGAAACUAUCUCAAAUUAAGAACAAAUUCUUAAAGUUUCUUCCAAAAGAACCUGUAGCCUCAAUGGGCAUUCAGAAUCCGAGUCUAAGUCCUCGUCGAUCACCAGUUUCUAUAAUUCCGAAGGAAGCUCGAAGAAACCACAAAAGGGGUACAAGCUUCAGUGCUAAGGAACCCUCCUCUCCCAAGGUCUCAUGCAUUGGACAAGUUGAGCGCAAGAAGAAGAACAAGAACAAAAACAAGAACCAUAAGAACGUACAAAAAAACCAAAUACAUAAUAUUGACUCUGUUCUAAGCCCUGAAAAGAAGAUUCUGCUGUGGAUUGCCAAGGGAAAUUGUAACGAGGGAUCAAAGCAAAGUGGGAAAGCUUUUGUAUUGGAAGAGAAAGAAUCAGCUACCCCAACUUUGGGCACCAUGAAGAAAUUUGCUAGUGGUAGAGGAACCUUGUCUGAUUUUGAUUUUACACUUGAACAAAGGUGAACAUAUGUUUGUAACUUUCAU